ACUCAUACAUUUAGUGAUAAAAGAAUGAUAAUGAAAAAAAACUCAGCAUAACUCAAGCACAAUUUGAUUGAACAAAUGGCCAGGGUGUAUUUAGCCAAAGUCCAACCUUAAUUUAACUGCCCACUUGGAUAUAUGUCUUUGUAUACUUGGUAGUGAAAAGUCUUGCACGUAUAAAUACAACUCUUAGCAACCCCAUUUAAUGAUCAGAGGAAAAAAAGAAGAAAAAAAGAAAUGGAGAAUCAAAGAAAUAGUAAUUUGUUGUUUGUUCUCUUAUUGGUCCUAAGUGCUAGUAGUAGUGCAUUUGGUCAAUUGGAAACAGACUUCUACAAAAGUAAAUGCCCAAAUGUUGAGUCACUGGUUCGUUCUGCAGUUAGACAGAAAUUUCAACAGACUUUUGUUACGGCUCCAGCAACUCUCCGACUCUUCUUCCAUGAUUGCUUUGUUCGGGGUUGUGAUGCAUCAAUGCUAUUGUCAUCACCAAAUGGAAAGGCAGAGAAGGACCAUCCAGAUAAUCUUUCAUUGGCAGGUGAUGGAUUUGACACUGUUGUCAAAGCCAAGGCAGCUGUGGACAAAGACUCCAAAUGUCGUAACAAAGUAUCGUGUGCUGAUAUUUUGGCUUUGGCCACUAGAGAAGUCGUUGCUAUGACUGGAGGCCCAUUUUAUCCAGUAGAGUUGGGCCGUCGUGAUGGGAAAAUUUCUACCUUAGCCUCCGUCCAACAUCAACUUCCAGGCGAAGGAUUCAACCUAGACCAGCUCAAUUCCAUGUUUGCCAGACGUGGCCUUAGCCAAACUGAUAUGAUUGCAUUAUCAGGUGCACAUACCCUUGGUUUCUCCCACUGCAACCGUGUUUCGAAGAGGCUCUACAAUUUUAGCCCAAAGAGCAGAGUUGACCCGACCCUAAACAAAGCUUACGUGUUACAACUGAAGCAAAUGUGUCCAUUACGGGUCGACCCGAGAAUCGCCAUUAACAUGGAUCCAACAACACCAAAUACCUUUGAUAAUGCUUAUUUCAGGAACCUUCAACAAGGAAAGGGUCUCUUUGUCUCUGAUCAAGUUCUCUUUACUGAUUCAAGAUCAAGAAACACUGUCAACUUCUUUGCUUCCAAUAAUGAUGCAUUCAAACAAGCAUUUGCAACAGCCAUGACAAAAUUGGGCCGGGUCGGAGUUUUGACCGGAAACCAGGGUGAGAUCCGAUUCGACUGCACCACCAAAUUAGAGGAGAGUGCAAGCAUUCGUUUAACUUUAGUGUACUUCCUAUUUUUUGUAAUAAUUUUCUCUCAUUUGUAUGGUUUUGGGAUAGGUAACCGAUAGCUAGUUCACUGCAUAAGAUUAUUGUGUGCCAACUUCUUCUAGAAUGGGACCAUCAUAAUUAGUUCUUCCGCUAUAUUAAAAUUCAUGAAUAAAAUUGUCUUGUUCCUUUGCUUCAA